CGGCGCGGCGGGCGAGCUAGUGCUGCGGCGCGUGGGGAGGCGCCUUGGGACCGCGUGGGAGCCGCAGCCGAACCGAGUAGGGACCGGGACCGCGCGGCGCCGCCGUCCCCGGCCGGGCCCGGCCCCCGCGAGCCGAGCGCGCGCCCCCGUCGCCCACCCGGGCGCGGCUGGAUGCGGCGGGGUCCCCGCGGCGGCGACCCCCGGCCCCGAGCGCCCGGAGCGCCCAGAGGCGGCGUGCGGGGCCCGGGGACGCCGCGCCCUCCAUGCGCCGAGGCGCGCCCCGAGACAGCCGGGGGCCCGCGCCGCAGCCGCCGCCCGCGCUGAGCCCCGGCCCGGCCCGCGGCCCGCGCCCGGCGGCAGCAUGAGCCAGGCCGAGCUGUCCACCUGCUCCGCGCCGCAGACGCAGCGCAUCUUCCAGGAGGCUGUGCGCAAGGGCAACACGCAGGAGCUGCAGUCGCUGCUGCAGAACAUGACCAACUGCGAGUUCAACGUGAACUCGUUCGGGCCCGAGGGCCAGACGGCGCUGCACCAGUCGGUCAUCGACGGCAACCUGGAGCUCGUGAAGCUGCUGGUCAAGUUCGGCGCCGACAUCCGCCUGGCCAACCGCGACGGCUGGAGCGCGCUGCACAUCGCCGCGUUCGGUGGCCACCAGGACAUCGUGCUCUAUCUCAUCACCAAGGCGAAGUACGCGGCCAGCGGCCGGUGAUGCCCGCCGGGACCCCGGACCCCGGCCCUGCGCCCGCGUCGUCUCUGCUGUACCUUCCCGCCAACUACCUCGGUGCGCGCCCGGCUCGCAGGCCCCGCCAGAAGGCCCGCGGCCACGGCGAAUACGGCGCGUGCGUCCCGGCCCCAGGGUCCGGCAGCCCCGCCGGCCGAGCGCCUCCCUGCGGCCUAGCCGGGCCCGGCCGGGCCGGAGCAGCUUCCCACGGCCCCCACCCGCCCGCCUGCCCGUCGCCUCGCGGGUGGGGGCGGGGCGCGGGCUCCAGCCCCUUUUGAAAUUUGAGUCUCGCAACCAGCAAGUUCGGAAUCCCGAGAUACCGGAUCCUCUGCGCAAAAUGUUUUCUCCCGAAGGUGAAAGGCGGGCGGCGGGAGCCGAAGGCGGACUCGGAGCGCUCCGCCGCCGCCUUCAGGACCCGCCCGCAGGCCCGGGACGCGCCGAUGCCGGCUGCAGCCGAGGAGCAGCCCCGAGGUCCGAGGUCCGCGCCGCUGGCGCGCGGCCGAGGAGACGCUCUGCUGUUCGCUGUUGCUGGUGUUCUAAACUAUUUAUCUUGUGUGUGUACAUUUGUGGGUGGAGUUUGUGCGCCUGGUUUUUUUGUUUGGAAAACACUGCGUGGUCAAUGUGGUUAUGGGGGGGAGUGAUGCAUUUUUUUCUAGUCUUAAAACUAAAAACUUGAGUCUACCAUUUCUUGGUUGCACUGAAAAUACCGCCCAGCCUGAUGGUGUUCCCGUGCUGUCCCUCCCCCUUCCCUUCUCCCCGCGUCUACCCCCCCACCCCGUUCUGUUCCCCCUCCCUUCUUCUCCCUCUCCCUCAAAUCCGUGAGUUUUGGAAGCCCCAGGGCCUCUCCCCCGCCCCUCCUGGAUGAGGCCACCAUCCCCCAAACCGGCUUGUUUUGCAGUUUCCCCAGGAUCCUGGAAGCUCGCUGGCGCUCGAGGGUGGCGGGGACACGGGGGGGUGGGUGAAGGUUCGUUACCUUUUCUAGUGCGUUCUAUCAUAGUUAACGGUUGCACACUUUUUUAAAAAAAGUAAAUGGAUUUGCCACAAUUAAAUGUCAUAACAUUUAUGACAGAAUAUAAAAUAUUAACAUAUUUUAAGCCAAGUUUUAGGUGUAUCUUUUGAAUCUUGGUUAUAAACCCAAUUUUAAAGGGCGAUGUAUCCAGCGUUGUGAAGGCAACAGAGUGUACCCAUAUUUAUAUUUUUAUAAAAUACCUAUAAGACUGUGAA